AUGGACGGAAAGCCCCAGACGCACUCUCCCCGGAGCCAGGAGUUUGACUUAUGGAAGGACUACUUGCAGCUGUCGAUGAGGGUGGAGGAGAUCUGGAGGCCCGUGGCGGGCGGGCAGGAGCUGGGUACGGUCAGCCCGCUGGCCGACGGAGCCUUGGAGGCGGGUACGGAGGCCCCACCCCCUGGCGCCAGCAGGCCGGGCGCUGAGAAGCCGUCGAAGAGGGCGGGGGGGGUCUGCACCUUCUGCAAGCACAACGGCGAGUCGCGGAAGGUGUACGCCUCACACGCGCUGAAGACGGAGAGCGGCAGGGUGCUGUGCCCGAUCCUGCGCAACUACGUCUGCCCGCUGUGCCAGGCGACCGGCGACACCGCGCACACCCUGAAAUACUGUGGCUUCAACCCCGAGAGGCAGUCCCUGUAUCGCAGCCACGGGCGGAACUCCGUCGGCAAGAGAUCGAAACGCUGA